AUGAUAAUAUCCAACAGCUCCUCAAAGUUUGCUCUAUUUUCAAAAGAGUUUCUUAGGAGACAUGGGCUACACUUAUCGGGCACAGCAACCACAUGGUUCUUGCUAGACAUCGCUUACUAUAGCCAAAAGCUUUUCCAAAAGGACAUCUUUAGCGCUGUGGGGUGGUUGCCAUCAGCAGGCUCUAUGAUGAAGACCAUGUUAAGGAAUCAAAAGGAAAAUCACCGGAGGAGAUGUCAAGAGAGAAUGAAGAUGAAGAUGAUCAAGUGCAGUCCAACAAAGUUGAGCUUACUGUUCAGGAAUGCAGUGUAUUAG